UAAAAUUCUUUCAAUUGGAAAAAACAUUUUUUGUUUGUACGAAAUUAAGCUAAAGUAUUUUAAUUUUUUACUAAUAAUUAUGGCGAAAAAUUUAUUUAAGUAACGAAAAUGUGAUAAAUAAAAAAACUUAAAUAUAGAAUUCAUUAAAGCAAUAUGGCAGAUAAUUGUGUAAAGUAAUUAAAAACUUGUUGAAAUAUAACAAUAAAAAAGGAAGAAAAAAAGUCAUAAAAACUUCUACUACAAGACCGCACCCCCGUUACAUUGAAUUACCCCCUCUUCAUUAUCCAUAAGUUACAAGGUAUAUGUACAAGAAAACCUGAAAACCAGUGGCGUGUAAAGUAAAAUUUACCUGUGGUUUUACCCAAAAACCUCUUGUGUGUGUGUUAAUGUCUUUUUUUACUAAGCAGUGUGCGUGAAAGAAUUUUCCUCAUUUACAUAGACAUUUUUUGUUUGUUUUCUAUUCAACUUUUACAAUUACAACAAAUGCAAGUGUAGAAAAUUGAGAAAAGAAAAUACAAUAGCAUCAAAAACAAAGAUAAAAACUUAAAAGAAAAUUGUAACAGGUGCCAAAGUGGGCGUGUUUGGCGAAAAAAUACAAAAGAAUACAACUAACGCCCAUUAGUAAAGAAGUUAACAAGCCAUGGAAAAUGAAUCGGUAAAAUCUGAACAAAGUGGCCGUUCCAGACGCUCAAGAAAUCAUAAUAAUAAUGGUGGAGGAGGUGGUGGCGGUUCCAUAAACAAUGGCUAUCACCGGGAUCGCACCCGUCACUCACAUCGCAGCAACUCCCAUUCUAAAUCGAAAAAUAGCCGCAAUAGCGAUUUGAAUCCUUACCAGACGACAGUUAAUAUGACGGGUGAUGAAGGACGUGAGGGCCAAGAGAUUAUCGAGGUACAAAUACUGCCACAAGAUGACAAUUGGGGUGAAAAUACCACUGCCGUUACCGGUAACACUUCAGAGCAAAGUAUUUCUAUGGAGGACAUCAAUAACGCCUGGCACCGUGAAAUGUCUGAAACUGGUUUGGGCUUCAAGUGUCGACGUUACUUGGAGUCAAUAUUUUCAUUUUUACUUGGUUUCUGUGCAUUUUUCUCGCCUGUAGCCAUGGUCGUGAUGCCACAUAUGGGAUUUUUUCCCUCAGCCUUUGAUCAUCCUGAGUUGACACAGACCGUAAGAACUCAACUGUUGGCCUGUGGUAGUGAGUGUAAAGGUUUAUUGGUGUCCAUGGCUGUUCGUCUGCUUCUUUUGGCCAUUGGAUUAUGGGCUCUAUUUAUGCGUCAUUCGUCUGCCACAAUGCCAAGAAUAUUUCUAUAUCGUGCUGUGGUUUUAUUACUGGUCACAUUAUCAACAUUUGCAUACUGGCUGUUUUAUAUAGUGCAGGUCACAAAUGGCGCAAAAAUAGUUGUUGAGACAGGAGGUGAAGCAGUAGAUUACAAAUCCUUAGUGGCCUAUGCAACAAAUCUAGUGGACACACUACUCUUCAUACACUACAUAGCUGUUGUUUUACUAGAAUUACGACACAAUCAGCCUAUGUAUUAUGUAAAAAUUAUACGCUCACCCGAUGGUAUAUCACGAUCAUAUACACUGGGACAACUUAGUAUUCAGAGGGCUGCUGUAUGGGUUCUUCAACGUUAUUAUGUUGACUUUCCCAUUUACAAUCCCUAUUUGGAAAGAAUACCCAUAUCAAAAUCACAAAGAAAUAAAAUAACCACUAGUUUUAAAUAUUACGAAGUUGAUGGUGUCAAUAACUCACAGCAACAGAGCCAAAGUCGAGCAGUACUGGCAGCAAAUGCCAGACGUCGUGAUUCUUCACACAAUGAACGUUUCUAUGAAGAACACGAAUAUGAACGUAGAGUAAAGAAACGUCGAGCACGCUUGAUAACAGCGGCUGAAGAAGCCUUUACGCAUAUUAAACGUAUACACAAUGAACCAGCGCCAGCAGUGCCAUUAGAUCCUAAUGAAGCCGCCCAAGCAGUGUUUCCCUCUAUGGCACGUGCCUUACAGAAAUACUUAAGGGUGACUAGGCAACAGCCGAGGCAUACAUUCGAAAGUAUACUUAAACAUUUGGCUCAUUGUCUUAAACACGACUUAUCACCACGAGCAUUUUUGGAGCCAUACCUUACGGAAUCGCCAGUUUUACAAAGUGAAAAAGAGCGUAGAUGGGUCCAGUCAUGGUCACUUAUAUGUGAUGAAUUAGUUUCACGACCAAUUGCGGGUGAUAUUACAUUUCAACUCAUACAGAAUGAUGUAUCACUUAUGGUCUCAAUACACAAGCUGCCACAUUUCAAUGUAGCCGAAGAGGUAGUCGAUCCAAAAAGUAAUAAAUUUGUAUUGAAACUUAACUCCGAGACAUCGGUAUGACAACAGCAAUCGCAUACACCAACUGUAACACCAACGCACAGUAAUGUUACACAAUCUUCUUAUUUGCAUGUGUUUGUAUAGGAUUCACUUGACUAGUGUAUUCCAAACGAAAUACAUAUUGCCAAACAUUUGAGGUCAGUGUUAUUUUAUGGUAUUUGUAUUUUUUUUUAAUUUUUUAUUAUUAUUAAUAUUUUACACAAAAUAAGAAAAAUAUGCUCAAAUCGUAAAACUUAACAGAAACCAAACCCAGUGUACUUAAAAAAAUAACUCAUUAAUCCUUUUAAACAUAAUCAUUUUUCUUUAAAAAAAAUAACUUUAUAAAAACCUAGCAUAUACAAUAAUACUCAUUUAAUUCCUUAUAAAAGUACAUAUCAACAGAAAUUACGUAGAAAAUUAAUCAUUUCUUUUAAGAAGAAGAAAAACAAAAUGAAUUCGAUUUCCUAUUAUUAACAUGUUUUUGAAAAUUUUUAAUUUUGUACAAAUUAAACUUUCUAAAUGGCUGGACCUUUAUUUUUAACAUUUAUUUUUAUAAAGGAAAUUCUUAUUUCAGCUGUAUUUUUUUAAAUUAAAACUUUAUUAUUAAUUAAUUUAUAUUUUGGUUUUUAGAAAAUUUUUUUAUAAGAAUCUCAAUCUGAUAUUAUUUUAUAUACGAUAUAAGAAGUUAUUGCAAAGUGUUUAAUGGUUUAAAUACAAUAUUUAAUUUUCGAAUAUUUUAUUUUGAAAAAAAGUUUUCUAGGUUGUUGAUAAAUUCUAGCCUCAAAAAAAAGCAUCCCAACUUUUGAAAUUUGGGUGAUAUCCAGACAGAAAUACUUGAUAGAAGUAUGAUUACAAUUUUUUUCACAUUGAUUUAGAGAAAAGGUAUACUGACAAUCAAAGUGGGAAUAAUAUUACGCGUAGUCUUCGAAUUUCUCUGUAUCUCUCCUUACACCAAGAAAAUGAGGAUGUCGCCCAAGGAUCUACUUGCGAUCCAAUAUCCAACCGACUCAGAAAAAAAGACAUAGAUAUUGUAGUUUCUAGUUCUAAAUUUUGGAAAAGAUGCGAAGGAGGAUUAUCUCAUUCAAACGGCUGCCUUCUGUUGAAAGGUUAUAUUGACGAAAUAUAACCUUAACAGCAAAUUUGUCUAGCAACAUAUUUAAUUACCUGUACAAAGGAAGUAUGUUUCGUGAAAUUAGGUUCACAUUUGAUAGCCUAUUUACCACCUCAACACAUGCCACUUCAACAGCAGCAUUCGUGAUAUGUGGUCAGUAACCUUGUUGACUACAUAUAAAAGGAUCUGUGGUUAAUUAUGCUGCUCCAGUGUGCUCAUCUUUGUUCACUAAUAUCCAGUUGAAACAUUUAAAGCUGCCAAAAUGCUGCCUUAGGGACUGUAACAGGCUGAUUACAAAUUACCUAUGUAUAUCAUCUUGACUGCGAAAAUCUUUGUUUUAUCGCUGUUAAGGAAUUGUAUUGUAUAUCAUGUAUUCCUUACAUUAUAAUGUUGAUGACUUACUGGAGGGACAACCCAGUUUUAACAUCACACUGUUGGAUACAACCCGAUGCAUUUUAGGAAA